AGGGCUGGCCGGGGAGGGGAGCCCGGAGUGAGGCCCCCUGGCCGGCCGGCCGGCCCAUCGCCCCGCGACGGGAGGGCGUCCACCAUGGUGGAAGCUUUCUGUGCCACCUGGAAGCUGACCGACAGCCACAACUUCGACGACUUCAUGAAGGCUCUCGGCGUGGGGUUCGCCACGCGACAGGUGGGGAACGUGACGAAGCCCACGGUGAUCAUCAGCCAGGAUGGGGAGCGGGUGGUCAUCAAGACCCAGAGCACCUUCAAGAACACAGAGAUCUGCUUCAAGCUGGGAGAGGAGUUCGAAGAAACCACGGCCGACGACAGGACCUGCAAGUCCGUGGUGACUUUGGAUGGAAAUAAACUAGUUCACCUGCAGAAGUGGGAUGGAAAGGAGACCAAUUUUGUUAGAGAAAUUAAGGAUGGGAAAAUGAUUAUGACACUCACCUUUGAAGACGUGGUCGCCAUCCGUCACUACGAGAAAGCGUAGGAAGUGGCUGGAACAGUGUUUAGGUGAAUUUCUGCUGGAUGAAGUACAGUUCCCACAGAAGCGUCACCUAACGCUACAGACCCCAGGGGGGUCGGGCCUGGUGUCAUCGUGCGAGGCAAACUGAGGAGGGGCGGGGGGGAAUUUGGGGAAGUUCCAUCACAAAAUUGGAAAACUCUUGUUCCGCAAUUUAGAGGGUGUUUGACAACUUUUUAUCAAAAUGAAUAGCUCUACAAUUGAGGGGAAUUUUUUUUACAAUUUUUAUGAAUUCCGAUUGAGCAAAUAAAAAAACGUUUGACAUC